AGGGGCGCAGCGAAUUGGCGUCUAGUUGAGCGACCGCUAGGACUCUUCCUCCGCAGGCCAACUUUGCGGCUCCAGGCCAAUUUAAUAGCAGAGUACUGUGCGGAAACUACAGGGAGCAGCUGUGGCAGCGUUGCUGGAGUGAGAACUGAUACACAGGACUUUGACCCAGGAACUCUGUUUUCCAUUCGUACACAACUCAAGCCGGAGCUCGCUGCUUUGCUGUCCCCAGGCAUGAAUUACGCACGGUUUCUCACGGCCACGAGCUUGGCCAGAAGGCCUUCUCCCAUCAGAGUCAUGGCUGAAAUAUUGGGCAGGGCACCAAAAUCACUCAUCUCCUUGGCUCCUGGAUACCCAAAUCCAAGUGUGUUCCCCUUCAAGAGUGCUGUUAUCACUGCAGAAGAUGGAAUCACCAUCCGAUUUGAAGAAGAGACGAUGAACAGAGCACUUCAGUAUUCUCAAAGUGCUGGAAUUCCAGAACUUCUGUCCUGGCUAAAACAACUGCAAGUUAAAUUACAUAAUCCUCCCACCCUCAACUACCCACCCGAUCGGGGACAGAUGGACAUCUGUGUCACAUCUGGCUGCCAGGAUGGGCUUUGCAAGGCAUUUGAAAUGAUCAUUAACCCUGGGGAUAAUAUUCUCGUGAAUGAACCUGUUUAUUCAGGAACACUUCAAGCUCUGCUACCCCUGGGGUGCAACAUUAUUAAUGUUGCCAGUGAUGAAUAUGGGAUGAUUCCAGCCUCCCUCAAAGAAAUCCUUUCCCAAUGGAAACCAGAAGAUGCAAAGAAUCCUAAGAAGAACACUCCCAAGUUGCUUUACACUGUCCCAAAUGGCAACAACCCUACUGGAAACUCAUUAACAGGCGAACGCAAAAAGGAAAUCUAUGAGCUUGGAAGAAAAUAUGACUUUCUCAUAAUAGAAGAUGAUCCUUACUAUUUUCUCCAGUUUAACAAGCCCUGGGCACCAACGUUUCUAUCCAUGGAUGUUGACGGGCGCGUCAUCAGAGCCGAUUCUUUCUCAAAAGUCCUCUCCUCUGGAUUGAGAGUGGGGUUUAUAACUGGCCCCAAGCCCUUGAUAGAAAGAGUUGUUUUACACACCCAAGUGUCAUCAUUGCACACCAGCACUUUUACACAGCUUAUGAUAUACCAGCUUCUACACCAGUGGGGACAAGAUGGUUUCCUAGCUCACAUAGACAGGGUUGUUCAUUUCUAUAGGAACCAGAGGGAUGCAGCACUGGCAGCUGCAGACAAGUGGCUAAGCGGUUUGGCAGAAUGGCAUCUUCCCACUGCUGGAAUGUUUCUGUGGAUUAAAGUUAAGGGCAUUUCUGAUGUAAAAGAACUGAUUGAAGAAAAAGCCAUUGAGAAAGAGGUGUUACUGGUUCCAGGAAAUGGUUUCUACUCCAACAGCUCUGCUCCCAGCCCUUACCUGAGAGCUUCCUUCUCCGUAGUUUCCCCAGAACAGAUGGAUGUGGCUUUCCAGAGAUUAGCCGAACUUAUAAAAGAAUCUUUAUGAAGAAAACUGAUCACACUAUUUUAGAUUUUGUUUUAAUUUUUAGAUAAAUGAUCCCUAUCUAGGUGGAGGAAAUCAUCAUGUGUGUUAGCCUUACAGGUUGGAUCUCAUCAAGCAUUUCACAUCUUUGGUGGUUGAACUAAACAAACUCUAAAGUACUUUCUAUGUCAGCUUGUCAAAUAUAUUUAUAAUCUAUUGGUGUGUUUUGAUAAAUUUUCUACAUGUAUAAAACUGUAUCUUGGAUUUUACUGUAAAGAACUUUAUACUUGCUUUAUAAUUUUAAAUAUCCUUUCACAAAUUUUCUUAGAAACUAGCAUUUUACACAAAAUUAUUUUGUAAAUUUAAGAAAAUGGUUAAGUUAAACAUGUAUGUAAUAUUUAUCUUUUCUGUUUUUAGGAAAAUUAAAUAGAGCUUAUUUCAAAUGUUGUUGUAACUUGACCCUAUAAAUGAUUUUUAGUAAGUUUGCCAAAGCAAACUUACUAUACCUCAUAAAUUUCUUUAAAAUAAAAUUCUGAAAACAAAGGUACUUAAAGCAUCAGAGAUAUUAAUAUUAAUUAAGCACCCAGUGCUUCUAAAGGUCCCUGGAAAUCUAACUUGGAUUCCACUUGUGACACCAGUCUUUUCAGAAGAGAAAAAAAAAAAAACCUUAAAGGUAAAUUUAUUACGGUUUAAUCAAGCACAGAAAAUAAAGUUUCAUGAACUAGAUAGUACUUAGGACCAACGACGGUGUAGAGAGGUCCAGGUGGACAGGAAAUAUCUAUACCCAGACAAUGAAAGAGACAUUCAGAAGCACCCUGAUUGGUAAUAGUUCAGCAUUUGCUUUAUUUGGACUUAUUUUGGUAGUUUUCAACCUGUGCUUAGCUGAAAGCUGGCCUGCUAUCAUUGGCCGAAACUCACUGACUUGUCACAAGAAUAUACUCUCCAGCUACUUUGUAGUUUGUUUACAUAUUAAGUUAGUUACAGUUCACAAUAUAUGGAAGUAGCCUAGGGCCAAAUGUAAUAUAACAAUAUCCUUUAAUACAGACUUUUUGUUCCUCCAAAAAUGCUGU